AAUCAAUCAAAUCCAUCCCGCUGAUUCGACCUCUUUGCACCGUUGCAGCGGGGCCCCGCCCGUUCCUGGCCUACCGCCACUAGCGCUGCGACAUGGUGCCAUCAGGUGCUCCAUCACUCUGCCUGUAGGUGCCAUUUAGGUGCCAUUAGGUGCCCGUUUAGCAGCCUCUGCAGCCCACCAGCAGCGCCCUCGACCCCUGGCCCAGCAGCUGCGUCCGCCCAGAGAUGGCCAAUUGCAAUACGAAACGACCCUUUGCACGGCCAAGAAGGGACGGGACCUGGACUUUUCCGCUCUUUGUGCUUGUGCCCGCCCCCAGCCCAGGCUUGUCAGGGUCCUCGAGGCUGCUCCGUUCCAGCGAAGUACUUGUACGCCCGGAAACCCUUCCCGCCACAAACAUUCCCUUCAAGCUUCGUCCAAAGACACGCCUCGCGCUCGUUUCGACACUCGUUCACUCGUUUUCGUUGCUCGCCCGGAGACGCAUCUUGGGCUUUUGGGAAGCGCCUCUUUUUUUUUGCUGCUUCCAGUCACUCUUUUUGCAGAAACCUCGAGUCGUCGUUGCUUCUUUCCUUUGGCCUCCGUGUCCUCCCGACUGCUUCGCUUCGCAUCAUCAUCACUCAUUUAGCUACUGCUUUUGACCAAAAUCAUCUACCUAAGCUUCCAUAAAACUGCUUUGAUC